AUGAAUUCGCAAGGGGAAUGGGAGAAUGCAGUCUCGGAGGAGGAAAUGCCGGAUGACCGAUCGCGUAAGAAACGACGAAAGUACAUUGCGAGAGCUUGUAACGAAUGCAAGCGCCGCAAAAUCAAGUGCAAUGGUCAAACACCGUGCCACCGUUGUGGGAGGCAACACAUCGACUGCGUUUACGCGGAAAACCCCCGCCGAGAAAGUGUCGACGCACAAGGAAAUUUCGAGCGACUCUUUGACCAGAUGAAGUCGAUGCAGGAUCAAAUUGUUUUGCUGUCGGCGGCUGUGCGGUCAAUGACAAACAGCGACAGCUCGCCAGUGGGCCGGUUGAGUGUCGUCGGUCCAGCCAGCGGGUCGUACGGGAUGUUGCCAGCGCAACGGCCGCUACGACGAGGUUCCUCGAGGGAGAUGCCCUUUCAAGGCCCUACCACGUCGGCAUUUAGCUUUGACUUGGCCAAGUCCAGCCUGCAGCAACGAGGGAUCAUCGAGCGCACUGACGCCGGUGACGGGGAUCUGACCCAAGAGCCAUCACCACUCGCUUCACCGUCUGCUCCACAUCACGACUCGGAAGUUCGCCAGGUCGUCGAUCCGCUCUGGGCCCUUCCCAAAGCGAGGCCCUACGCCUUUGUCGAGGAAAUGGGCAUCAUGUACCCCGUGCUGGAGCUUUCAGAGCUUCUAGAUCAGGUAGAACUUCUUUAUGGCAUGAUGGAUCAGACAACUGACCCGGACACCCAAGUGAGGUCGCCGCAUUUGUUGGAUCCGGAAGACGUUUACAUUCUCCGAUUGGUCUUUGCGUGUGCGUUGACGGCGGAAGCCAGCGGUCGCAGUGAUCAAGCCAUUGCGUUGUUCGACAGUGUUCGAGAAGUUCAGGACAACUGCGUUUGGGGCCCACCUAGGAUUAAGCGCAUUAUUUUUCUCACACUGGUAUCGAUCUUGUAUUUUCAAAUGGACGAGGAGACACUCGCUUGGCGGACUAUCGGAAUCGUGGAGCGCAUGUGUUUGGAGAGAGGUCUUCAUCGACGCGAAACACUCAGUCAACCAGAUGUCCUACCUAGAGACAAGCAGCGGAUUCUGCGACUGUUCUGGUCGAUCUACAUACUCGACAUGCGUUGGAGCUUUGGGACAGGGAUGCCGUUCGCGCUCGAGGACUCGGACAUCGACCCUUGGCUGCCCGAGCCAGAGCAAAAACCCCCAUAUCUGCGGGUCAUGAUUCGCUAUAGCCGAAUUGCAGCUAAGGUCUGGAAAUUCGUCUCGGCCUUCAACAACACGAAUGAAAUCAAAAAGGAUGAAAUGAACUAUUUGGAUUGGCAGGUGCUGCGCUGGGUACGUGACAUUCCCGAUGAAUUACAGCUGGAUCACUAUCACACACCCGAGCCUGCUGAGGGCACGGAAAACCCCCGAAGCCUUCGGCGCCUUCGUGCGCUUUUGUAUCUCCGCGCGAAUCAGCUUCGUAUGCUCAUUUAUCGCCCCGUUUUGCACACCGCUGGGCACAUUGUCCGACAUCCGACCGAGUCGGAAACGGUCGUUCACCUCGCCAAGGAAACGAUCCGGUUCAUCACCCAACUCAACGAGACCUCGGACAUCUAUCGACUCCAACAGGUGGCUUUCAACUGGUUUCUUGUAUCUGCACUGGCAGUCCUGUUUCUUGCCGUGUCUCAGGCCCCGUCCCAGUUUAGUGGAUCAUGCAAGGAGGAAUUCUACUGGGCAUUGGAGCUAGUCAAGGGGUUCUCAACCAAGUCUUAUAUCUCCCAACGCCUUUGGAAGUCGAUCCGAAGUCUUCAAAAGCUGGGUCCGGAAGUAGGACUAGAAAUUCAAAAACUCCGGCCAGCCGAGGAGCCCGCAGACCUGAGGCCUGGCCAACCGCAGGGAUCACCUCUUCCCAUGACAGGUUCUGGCACAAACAGCCAAACUCCAUUGAACGGAGUACAAAUGACACAAGAGCUAAUGACAUGGUUCGAAGCGGUUGGGAACCUGGAUGAACAGAUCAUGGGAGUUGAAACAGGCAUGGGGCCGGCACCGGAUGAAGUCCCCUGGCAACGAGUGUCCAACGGAGGAUUUCCAUUUGACUACGGAGGAGAAUUGUCAAGUGUGAUGAAAGACUGCUUCUAA